UAAAUUCUGACGAUAGACGACAUUACGAAUUUCUGCGCAUGUGACAUAAAGCUGUCAAAGAACAAACUUUGCGCAUAUGUGUAAUGGCGAAACAAAUUACGACGGUAUCAAUAGACCUUAGUGGAACAUUGCAUAUCGAUGAUACAAUUGUUCCAGGCGCUGUGCAAGCAUUAAACAGAUGCAACGAAUCGCCAGUAUGGUCGCAACUCGCCAGAGCUCAGCUACAGCAGGGUCUGGUCAAAGAAUCAAUCGACAGUUUUAUCAAAACAGACGAUCCAUCAGCGUAUGUAGGCGUGGUCGAAACCGCGCAUCGGACUUCGCAAUGGGAAAACUUAGUCCUCCAAAUGGCUCGUAAAAAGGCACGCGAGUCCUUCAUCGAGAGCGAAUUGAUAUAUGCGUACGCGCGAACCAACCGGCUCGCGGAUCUCGAGGAAUUUAUAUCUGGUCCGAAUCAUGCCGAUAUACAAAAAAUCGGCGAUAGAUGCUUCGACGAUAAGAUGUAUGAUGCCGCGAAGCUCCUCUACAACAAUGUAUCCAACUUUGCGCGAUUGGCGAUAACGCUCGUUCAUCUGAAGGAAUUUCAAGGCGCCGUUGAUAGUGCGCGCAAAGCCAACUCGACGCGCACCUGGAAGGAAGUUUGUUUCGCUUGCGUGGACAGCGGCGAGUUCCGUUUAGCCCAAAUGUGCGGUCUGCACAUAGUCGUGCAUGCGGAUGAGCUCGAGGAUCUGAUCAAUUACUACCAGGAUCGCGGACACUUUGAGGAACUCAUUAAUCUUCUUGAAGCUGCUUUAAGACUCAAACGAGCUCAUAUGGGAAUGUUUACCGAGCUGGCUAUUCUCUAUAGUAAAUAUAAGCCUCAACGAAUGAGAGAACACUUGAAACUCUUCUGGUCAUGCAUUAAUAUACCGAAGGUGCUACGCGCGGCAGAACAAGCACAUCUAUGGGCCGAGCUGGUGUUUUUAUAUGACAAGAAUGAGGAAUACGAUAACGCGCUUCUCACGAUGAUGCAACAUCCUACAGAAGCUUGGCAAGACGAUUACUUCAAGGACGUAAUUAUUGAAGUCGCAAGCGCCGAACUCAUAAUCAAGGCUAUAGAGUUUUACAUGGAAUAUGAACCCCCUUCUAAAUAAUAUUCUGCUAUAAAUUUUUACAAAGAAUUUGUUGCACUAAUAUAACAAUAGAUAAAUUAUUUUCUAUUAUAAGAAAAUUACAUAUAUCUGGAAAUGUAUUUAAAAUGUCACUUACUCCGAAUAACAUUUUUCCAGCCCACAAA